CAAAUAAGUGCCAAAAGCCUCUUUCUCAGUUCUCAGCUGUUGAAAAUUUUUAUAACGUUCUAUUUGAAAUUUAAAUUUUAAAUUUAAAAAUACAAACUCCUUUGCAUAGUGUAAUUUGUGUACUAAAACUGUAAGUUGUAGUUUUAUAAUGAAUUCAAAACAAAAAUUGAAAAAAGGGGGCCCGAAAGGCGGCGGCCUACUCGAAAGCAAAAUGGUGGGAACAAUCGAACUCGUCAAACAAUACUGGCCAGAUUAUCCAAUAACUUUAGCCGACAUUCGUAAUCCCACCAGCAGUUUUGUGCUCAAGUUCUACAAGGAUUGCAUCGACGAUUUGGAGGCCAAGAUUACCUUCGCUACCCGAACCAGGCGUCUUCCGAAUCCUCUGAACGAAGACUGCAAAGAGGAAAUAUUAUAUUUGAAGCUACGUAAAAUUCCUUCACUUGCUGCCGCAAAUUUCAAAUUGGGCGACUUGUACGUGUUCGAUCCUGCAAGACUUUAUCAACACAUGUUGAUCACUAUGCAUUUUUUGAUUUUGUCAGAGAGUAAGAUGGAUAAAAUGGUCCAGACUUUCAACGAGGCUUUCGAUGUUGCACAAAGUCGUCAAAAUUUAGAAGACUCUAUAAAUAAAAUCAAAGAGGACAAAAUACAAGUUCAAAUUGCUCUGACACUUGCCAACAGCGAACUCAAAAAAGAACAAGAAAUUACAGCUGGUCAACUUCCCAAAUACAAAGAGACUUUAAGUCUGAUCCAGUUAUCUGAGGCAAAGUGCAAGGAUUUAGUAUUGGAAUAUGAACGCUUGGAAAAUUAUACUAAAAAUAUGCAAGAAGAAAUCGAGAAGCUUGAGAAAACUGAAGCCACCCUUAAAAGUAAAAUUGUAUCGGAAGACGAAAUUAAAAAUCUCCAAGCUAUUCGCCAAUCUCUUGAAAAAGAUGACGAAGACCUACAAGUAGAUGAGCAAGCAAUGGAUCCCUUGGAACAAAAAAAACAUGCCAAAUUACUACAAACUUGCGUCAACGAAAUCGAACAUUUACAACUCGAAAACAAUAUAUUUGAACUUUCCAAACAAAGAGAAGAACUACAAAAUUUAACCAAAGAUGUCGAGUACAGUCAGGCGAUUCAAGAAAAUUCCGAAACUGAAAUAGCCGAAAUGAAAACGGCUUUGGAAUCGCAAGUACAACUGUUGGAGAAAGAUGUUGGCCUCGCUGAGAAAACUCAUCAGAAAGAUAUGAAAAAAAAACUUGCAGCAGAGGCAAAGUCAAAGAAGCAACAUGCUAAGGUUAUUAAAGAAGGGGCAAAUCAAAUUAUUGAGUUGAAAAAUGCUGAAAGUAAACUCGAGGCUGAGCAUAAAACAGUAGAAGAUGCCUUGUUUGAGCAACAUAUGAAGAUUUAUAAUAUGCAUAAGGCUCGUGUUGAUGCUUUCAAAAGUGUUCUAAGUCAGGCUGAGAGUAAAGCAGAAAAAAUGGGAGAAUAAUAAAAUUAUCACCUACUUUAAGCCUAUUUAUUUAAGAAAGAAAUUUUAUUUUUUUAUUUUUGUAAAAGUUAUUACAUAUUAAUAUAAUUUGUAGUUGUCUAUCAAGUUUUUCUCAAUUUGUCCAGAUCAUUUUUUUUCUAUUCACGGCUUUUGAGUUUACUGAAAUGAAGAAAAUUCAUUCAAGCCUGAAAUAGAAAAAACAUUUUCUUUUUUCUCUCCUUUUCUUAACUUUUGUUUAUUCUGGUCCCUUGAGAUUAUCAAAAUAAAGUAAAUUCAAGAGCUUCAAACAGCAAAAAACAUAAAUGCCCAGGCCCACUUAUCAUCUGCCAUUUUCUUCUUUAUUUAUUUCUUUUUUUUUCUGUUUCAAUUUUUGUCUAUUCCUGGAACUUGAAUUUUCAUUUUCUUUUAAAUUUCUCUUAAUAAAAAAAAUUCAAGAAUCUGGAAUAGUAAAAACAUGAAUAUCCUCCUCAGUGCCAGCGAUAUGCAUAAGCGGAUAUAAGCGAUGCUUAGAGGGGCCCGCCUUUAAGUAGGUACAACUAUUUUUUAUUUUUUUUAAAUGUUUUGAAAUACAACUUAGAAGUAUAAUGAUAAUGACUAAUGACCGAUAUCGAUUGAUAUACUUAAUUGGUAGAUUCCUUCCAGUUGCCACCGCUGAAAGGUCAUGUAAAAUUACUUGAGAAAUUCCAUAAGUCAGCAUAAACUGCAUUUUUCCAUAUUCUCUAUCAGACUUAGCACAUCAUCUAAUAUGGAUAUUCG